AUGACUGAAGUUUUGAUGAAGGACGAAGAUCUGAGACUAACGGAUGACGAUAAUAUCUCAAAUAAUAUGAACGGCAUCAAAUCUGAAAAACUAUAUGAUUUCUUACAGACCCUUUCUACUUGUAAAACAGAUGCGGUCAAGAAUUUCUGCGAUAUUACCCCACAUGAAUUACUACCUCUACUGUUAGAACAUUUACUUAUUACAAUACCGAAUGAAUUAUUCUUGAAGAACAGCGCUAAUGAUCAACAACGACUGGAAACGAUUAAUCAAUGGAUGACAGAGAAUUUUGUGAAAAUGAACCUUUUCCCAUUCACGAUUCUAAGGAUCUGUCAACUUUGUUACGAUCCUUUCAAAUAUUUUAAGAUUAAUGAAUUGACAAAAUUUGUUAAUGCGUUAGAGAAAUGUUGUGUAGUGACGUCACCAUUAGACACCAAGGAUGAUACAGAUCCCGAAGUUAAGAAUAUAGAGAAGAAUCAAAAGACUUGUCUCGGUCCAACUGAUGUUGAUGAAAACGUUGAGGGUAACGAUGAUGACGUCUCGUUGGUGAAGAUUCCUUGGCUUGAUGAAGUGAAGCCGGAUCCUGACUUCCCUCAAUUCUUGAAAGACAUUGAUAAUAUCAUGAGUGUAAAUUUUGGAUACGACGAAGGUGAAGAUGAUGAGGAUGAGGAUGAUGAGGAUAUAGAACAACAAGGAUCACUGGAUGACAACGAUAUCUUGAUGGGUGACCACCCAGGUUCAAACGUGAUAGUGGAGGAAUACUAUGAAGAUGAUGGUGAUAUUGAAAGUGGGAAUGAAAAUAUUGAGAAUGUUAAUAUUACUGACCAAGAAGUAGAUAGUGACGAUGUAGAUGACGAGGAUUAUAAUGAAAAUGCAUCAGAGAGUCCCAGUGAUGAAGAGGAAGAGGAGGAUGAGGAUCUGGAAGAAAAGGGUGUGCCGCAGGGAGAAAUAUCUGUUCAAAAUUCAAAGACUCCACGAAAGAGGAAACCUAUGGAAUUAGAUAUAUUUGAUUACAGUGACAAUUCACAAAUAAAUAAUAAUGAACUUACGACUCCCAAGAAAUAUAAACAAGACGAUGGAACUUUAGUAAUAGAAUCACCUGUUGUAACAAAUACAUUAGAGAACAAGCCUGUUAACAUAAUGGAUCCAAGUACUACUAGGUCCACGAAUAUACCUGGGGAUUCCAAACUUAAGGGUGUCGUCGAUUCAACACUGGAUAAGAAGACUGUGGUUACCACCAAUGUUGCCAGUACUAUGAUGAUGGGGAACUCUGUGUUAUAUUCACCAUGUGAUGAAGCUAUUGUUGCAGUGAAUAAUAAGGAAAAGAUGAGAGCGAUCACUGAUAUUAAUGAGACUAGUCCUUUGGGGAAUAAGACGAGAUAA